GUCAAAUAAAAGCACAUAUGGCACAUAUGACAUUCUCAGCGGAUAUGAUACUGACCCAGUUGACAUGGUAUAUAUAUGGGUAAACACCUCGGAUCCUAAAUUCAUUCGUGAAUUAAACCGUCUUAGCAGACAGGAACAUGCAAAUCCACUUGAAAUACUAGCAAAGAAUCGAUACCGAGACUGGGGAACUCUAAAAUACUCUCUAAGAUCUGUUGAAAAGUUUGCACCUUGGAUAAGGACCGUACAUUUAGUCACAAGUGGGCAAAUUCCAUUCUGGCUUAAUAUGGACAAUCGGCGAAUCAACAUUAUUACUCAUAAGGAAAUAUUUCCAAAUCGGUCAGAUUUGCCUACUUUUUCGUCUGCUGCAAUAGAGUGCCAUCUACAUCGGAUACUCGGAUUAUCAAAAAGAUUUAUAUACAUGAGGGAUGACGUCAUAUUUACGGACACUGUUGAUUUGUCAUAUUUUUAUACUGAAAGUGCAGGUUAUAAGCUUCAAUUAAACAAAGAUGAGAUGGAUUAUUGUAACAAACUCUGUCGGAUGACAAGUGUGAAUAAUGGAAUAUGUGAGAAGAAUUGCGCAACUGCUAGUUGUGAAUUUGAUGGUGAAGAUUGCAUGAACGUUGAACAACUUCCUGAUUACAUUGAACCAGAUAGAAACCUAAUUGAUAGUACGCAGGUUUCUUUAAGACAUACAGGUUUUAUUUUCAACAAGGUGUUUGGACCAAAAGACAUGGUUAUGCCGAUACCUGGUCCUUAUAUGCUUGACAGAGACAUCGUCUCCGGGAUGAUGAAUAGUUUUACACAUGAAUCAAAAACUACAUCUUCUACAAAAAUUGAAAACAACAUGACAUUUCAACCAGUGUUCGCUUACUACAAUUACUUGAGAGUUAAAGAACAAUCUAGAAAUCUUAAUAUAAAAACGACUACAAAGUGGUCUGUUCUAGAGGUUAGCCAUACUGAUUUGUCCAUUCGUCAGAAGGACCCUGUUGUUAAUUUACUUAAAAACAUUAUCAAAAGAAGUGGGACAUUUUUGGUGUUGUCCAAUUAUUUUCCUGAGAAUAUAUACAGAGAGUCAAGAGAACGUAUUUUCAUACAGGUACUUGAAGACUUGUUGCCAACACCGUCACAGUUUGAAGUGAUGAACAAUAAAGCAAUUAGGGAUCAUUCUAUACUAUAUUAAUAUUUUGUGUUAUUAUUGAGUUUCUACGCAACAGUAAAUGUCUUAGAGACAAUGUUAAUUCUCUUAAUAGAAAUAAUAUAUUUGCACAAAGCAAAUGUAUUGAAUACUUGUGUGAUUAAAUGAUCUAACAAAAUGUAUAAUGAUUUAAAUCUUAAUGUUUUACAAAAUGGAAACGAUGUGCAUGUAUAUACAUGUAUUUAUGACUCUAAGCAGUUAUUUUUUGUUCUCGUUUCACGCAAUUACGUUUUGUACUUCUUGAAACGUGCACAAAUAAAUCAUAUAAAAACAAAAUAAGAAACGUUAGGUUUAGAUUUUUACACUUCACCACAGCACGUGGCAAGUGACACGUGACAGCUGUGAAAAGUUCCCUGGUACUUCACUUCAAUGUUAUUAUAUUUGUAUUGUCCUUCACUAUAAUUGAUUCAACCACAUUACAUGUUCAAUAUUGAAUACUAGUAACCGUUUAAUGAGGUGCUAGGAGGUAUAGGAGAUGCAGUUAUCUCUCAUGAACAGACUCAAUCUCCUUCUCAAGACAUUUUUAACAGUUAUUUUAAUGAAAGACUUUUUCUGCUCUGGGUUUAUUUGUUUACUCACAGAGUGAGUAAAGAAAUAAAAGGCAGUAGGGGUAUUUGUUAAUUAUAGUUUUACCAAUUACAAGUUUCUGCAUAUUUGGGCAUCAAGGGUGUGUUUAAUUCAUUAUAGAAAAUACACGAUUUUUUUCUUUUGUUUUUUAAUAGCUUUUUAUAAAAUAGAUGUUUAAACUUCUUGUAUCCCGGGCGCCUAAUAGUCUAUGUUACUUUCAUGUGUUUGGUGAAUAUUUAGAUAAACCGUUGUAUGAAUUACUGAUAUUUAAGUAGUUCUACUUACAUAGCAAUUUGUGUUUUCCAUAUUUUAGUGUUCAUGUCAUUUGAUUAAUGAUAGAAAACUUAAUAAAUAUGUUAAAGACCAUACGUAAUUUGAACUUAAUAUCUGGUCUGUAUAGAUGUUAGUGAAUAAGAAUAAGUGUGAAUAAUUAUCCAAACAGAACGGGUGAAUUUAAAUAUGUUAGAUAAGAUACGGUUUCAUUUGAAUAUGUUACAUUAGAUUAGGUUUACCUAUUUUGUAUACUUGACUAUGCUUUUCCUUACCCGGUCUUUGCUUAUAACACACGCCAAGGUGUGACACAAGUUUUAAAAUGACGCCCUGCCUUCGCAUAUGAAUGGUGAAAAUUAUGUAAUAUAUUGGAAGAUAUUUAUAAGAUAAAAUUAAAAACUGCGAGAUGUUAUUUACAUAUGAUAUGAUAUGAACUAAAGUAAUGGAACAUAUCGAUCAGAAUGCUUUGUUUAUUUUGCCUCUGUGUAUCCAUUUUAUCGGAGGUAGAACAUGUAUAAAAUAAACAGUCUGAAUAAACACCAAGUCCGUAGCAGUUCUAAAUUGGUAGAUAGACACCGGUUACUUUCUUUUUGUGUAUAGUGACAAAACAACGACUCAUGUUGGAAAUAAUUUCAAUAUCUCUUUAAUUAAAAUCACUCAAUUCAGUGGCAUAAUGUGACUCAAGUUAAAAGAAAAAAAAGUAUUUUUGAAAACUGAUGGAAUGAAAUUCAUGUUUAUCCUCUUUGGUUUGUACACACUUGAUCCACAGAGCAUUUUCUUUUUCUACUGCAAUUGCGAAGAAUUUCACUAAAUUUUGGACACGUCGGAUCCAUUGGCCUUUGGUAAACACAACGCCUUAAUAUUUUCCUAGCAUUAGCAUCACAUUCUUGUUCCUUACGUUUAUCAACGUUUAAGAAUACAUCUCUUUGCGGUUUCUCGAAAUAUUUCAUAAUUUUUUGGAGAACUGAAAUAUCAUUUACAUCACUCCUUUUAUCUAUUUGCAUAUA